AUGCAGGAAGUGUAUUUCAUCAUUGAUUUCAGCUUCGUGUGCAUCCAAUGCAUAUUUACAGUACGGCUACCAUUUGAGGUCAAUUUUCCUUUUUUUCAUCGUCUCGUGCAAGGAGAAUUAGUCAACGAUAAUGCAAGGUUGGCUGCUUUUCGAAACAUGAUCAUCGCCAUCAUGACUGCCUGCAGUGAAUUCCCUCGUACGAGAAUAGCACAUGGACACGAUGCUUUUCUCGGGGAGAUCCGCAGGAGAAGAGGCAAAACAUACUCCUACACGUCUCAUGGGCCCGAGAAGCAGUCGAGGAUGAGUCAAUAA